AGUUAGCAGAGGACCGGGGACACAGAAACUUGACCUUUUUCCUCGGCUGCCGUGUCUCCAUGGCAUCAACCGUACACAAACAUUUACAUUCAUAAAUGAACAGCAGCUCGCACCAACCGUCCUGCGAAAACUCCUGGGAUGGUUGCCGUGAAACUUCUCUUUCUUCAUGGUGGUGCUGUGCAGAGCUCUAGGCGCUAACAGGGGCAAGGAUGCCAACGAAGAAAGUCACCAAAGUGAAGAGGGCGAAAGCCGGGAAAGGAAAGAAAGACGGCAAGCAGGAGUCGAAAGCAGACAAAGAGUCGGACAUCGAGAAGGCCAGGGCCAACGCUGUCCUGUGGGAGCUGAGGUUUAAGGACAGGGAGCAGGCUCUCAAGGAGACCAGCGAGGCCGCCUUCAAGCUAGGACGCACCAACGAGUACCUGACCAACCAGCUGUACCGCGCCGAGCAGGACGCCAUCGACACGGCCGGACACUGGGAGAGAAAACGAGAUGCUUAUGAAAAGGAGAUCAGUGAGCUGCAGGAGCGCCUCAGGAGUCAAGAGGCGCAGGCACGUGACGAGCAAAACAAACUGGUGGAGGAGUACACGCUGCAAAUCAGUGAGAUGCAGGAGCUGUUCAGAAAGCGGUCCGGCGACUUUAACAUGAUCCAGGAAGGAAUGAAGGAAAUCAAGAAGUUUCAGACGAGGAAAGCCCAGAUGGAGCAGGAGCUCAGUGACAUCAGAGAAAGCAUGGAAUUUGCUGAAAAGGAGCAUCGGGAAAACCUGAACGAAAUGGAGACCAAUUUCUUCAAAGAGAAGGUUCGCCUGGAGAAGGAAGCCGAGAUGAAGAUCAUCCAGGUGGUGGAGAUGGCCCGCAAAGAAGCCAUCGAGCAGCUGGACGACGCCUCGCACUCUGUGUUCAAGGAGAACGUCCGUCUCAAUGAAGCGCUGAAGUAUCACAUGAAGGAGGCAGAGGACCUGCAUAAAUUGAAAAGCUCGCUGGAGGCGGUUAACGCUUCCCUGACGCUGGACAAGAAAGAGUUUGAGAUGAUGGUAAAGAAGAAUGCAGCUCAGUUGGAGGCCCAGAAAGAGGAGCUAACGAAACUGGAGGCCAAGGUGGCUUCACUGGAGCAGACUCUAGAGGUGAAAGCUGGUGAACAGAAGCGAGAGUGGGAAGGGCAGAGGAAGGAACUGGUCAGCAUCGUGGCCAACCACGUGAGGCUGGAGAAGCAGCGGAAGGAGCGGGAGAGGGAACUGAGGGAAGCUAGGGCGCAACUGAGCGCCAUGAUGUCGCAGCGCAGGGAGCUGGAGGACUUCUUCCACGAGGCGCUGGCUGAGGUUAGGCAGGAGAUCAUGGCCAGCAGGAAGAAAUACAUAAAGGAGGCACGGCAGGAUUAUCGCAGGAGGAUGAGGGAAGCCACAGCAGGAGGGCUGACGUUCCCCCCCAUCCGCACCUUUCAUAAAGGCCCCCACAGUACCAACUCUGUCUAUUCAGAGGUGGAGGCGGCUGCACGGUGGACUCAUCCACCUGGAAGCAAAGUUGAAAUGUCAGAUCUCACUUGGGAGCAGAAGGAGCAAGUGCUCGGGCUUCUCUUUGCUAAAAUGAACGUGCAGAGGGAAAGGACACCCAGCCAACAUGUGGCCCCGUCUGCCUCCUGUGAGAAGAGACUUGUGGAAAGUGACGCUGAGCACGACAGCAUAGUAACUAAAGAAUAAAAAUUACUCUUCAUCCUCGCAAUUACAAA